AUGAAGAGAGCAGGUGGCAAGGCCUCGGUGACAUUGCAUACAGAUGUAGGUGAUAUUAAAAUAGAAGUCUUCUGUGAAAGGACACCCAAAACAUGUGAAAAUUUCUUGGCUCUUUGUGCUAGUAAUUACUACAAUGGCUGUAUAUUUCAUAGAAAUAUCAAGGGUUUCAUGGUUCAAACAGGAGAUCCAACAGGUACUGGAAGGGGAGGUAACAGUAUCUGGGGCAAGAAGUUUGAAGACGAAUAUAGUGAAUAUCUUAAGCACAAUGUUAGAGGUGUUGUAUCUAUGGCUAAUAAUGGCCCAAAUACUAAUGGAUCUCAGUUUUUCAUCACCUAUGGGAAGCAGCCACAUCUGGACAUGAAAUACACAGUAUUUGGCAAGGUGAUAGAUGGUCUGGAGACUCUAGAUGAACUGGAGAAGUUACCCGUAAAUGAGAAGACAUAUCGACCUCUUAAUGAUGUACACAUUAAGGACAUAACUAUUCAUGCCAACCCAUUUGCUCAGUAG